AUAUAACAAUCAAUUUCAACGCAUUUAACCUAUUUUUCGCGUGAGAAAAAUUUCCGCACAAGAAACAACCACCAUCUCUCUCUAUAAAUAUAACCCUAAAUACUUCAUUAACACACCACAGUGCACGCCAUGGCUUCUUCUCCUUCUCAAAUAACUUCUCCAGUUUGGCUUUUAACCAGAGUUUUAAUCUUGGUUUCGGCCUUUUUCGCGGGAAUAGAUGGCCGGAAAACAAAACUUUCCGAUGAAGGUUUCACAUACUUUCAACCAAGAUGCCGGACCCACGUCGCGUCACUGACUGAUUUCGGAGGGGUGGGCGACGGAGUCACGUCGAACACGAACGCUUUUCAGGCAGCGGUUUCUCAUCUGAGCCAAUUUGCGUCCGAUGGCGGUGCGCUGCUCUACGUUCCUCCCGGAAAGUGGCUCACCGGGUGCUUCAAUAUCACCAGCUUCUUCACUUUGUAUCUUAACAAGGAUGCGGUUAUUCUUGCUUCUCAGGACAUGAAUGAGUGGCCGAUAAUCCCUCCUCUACCUUCAUAUGGGGUGGGAAGGGAUACCCCUGGCCCUAGAUAUAGCAGCCUCAUCUCAGGCUUCAAUCUCACUGACGUUGUCAUUACAGGUGACAAUGGUACAAUUGACGGUCAGGGACAAAUGUGGUGGCAGAAAUUCCGCCAGGGCGCCCUCAAACACACAAGAGGUUACCUUAUUGAGAUAUUGUUUUCGGACCAAGUCAUCAUUUCAUCCCUCACCCUCAUCAAUUCCCCUUCAUGGAACGUCCACCCCGUCUACUCCAGCAAUGUUAUUGUGAAAGGCAUCACCAUCUCUGCUCCUGUGACUUCCCCCAACACUGAUGGUAUCAACCCUGACUCGUGCACACACGUCCGCAUCGAGGACUGCAACAUUGUCUCGGGCGAUGAUUGCAUCGCGAUCAAGUCAGGGUGGGACGAGUAUGGCAUUGCCUUUGGAAUGCCGAGCCAGCACAUAAUCAUCCGCCGCCUGUUCUGUGUCUCCCCGUUUUCUGCUGUCAUCGCCCUGGGAAGCGAGAUGUCUGGUGGGAUCCAGGACGUCCGUGCCCAGGACAUCCAGGCAGUCAACUCUGAGGCUGCUGUCAGAAUCAAGACCUCUCCCGGCAGGGGUGGCUUUGUCAAAGACAUCUAUGUUAAAGGAAUGAACCUUGAAAACAUGAAGUGGGUUUUUACCAUGACUGGCUCCUAUGGGUCCCACCCUGAUAACAAAUGGGACCCAAAUGCAUUUCCGGUUGUUUCUGGAAUCAAUUACAGAGAUGUCAUCUCUGAGAAUGUCACCAUUGCUGGUAAAUUGGAGGGUAUUCCAAAGGCUCCAUUUGGGGAUAUAUGCAUUUCGAAUGUGACGAUAGGAAUGUCGCCAAAGUCGAAGAAGAAGAAGCUUCCAUGGAAUUGCACAUACGUGAGCGGGACGUCGAGCGGGGUGACGCCGACACCAUGCAGUCUUUUGCCGGAGAGCGGGUAUGGUGAUUGCCCAUUCCCGACGGAUAGGGACCCGAUCGAUGACGUUGAGUUCCAAGCAUGCUCAUCAGCCUCUUAUAGGCAUAGCCAUACUCAUCCCCUGAUUUAUUGACUAAUAUAUGAGUGCUUGUUGUGUUGGAGUCAUGGUGUAGCUUACCCAACAAAAAUGGUAUAGCAUUCGACUAAGGAUGCUGCCUUUCUUUCCCUUUUUCCGUCUUCUGAUAUCUGUUGAAGCAGUGGAAAAAUAUUUAUACAAAUGACAUGACAUGCAAUAGGAGAAUGGGAUGUGAUACUUAUC